UUGCAGCUCGGAGUCAGUAAGUUGGCGGUGUGAUACCCCCGUGCCUCGGAAAACACGUAAAGCCGUUGGUCCUGCGCCUGAUCUCUCUCCGGUCAUGUCGGAUUAUCUUCUCACUGGACUAUGAGAGUUAAGGAACAGAGAGUGCACUUGUGCACUAUAUCUUCUGCAUAUGUUGCUGAUAUCCAUUACGAUUGGCUCUGUGGCCGAAAUCUGCCAGCUUCGGCUCCCUAACUAUGGGGAUGAUUAACGUCUGGCCCUCCUACACCUCGAGUCUCUACGCGUCGGAGAAUACUCCACUCUCCCGACCUAUGACAAAGGCUGAAGAUUCACUGCUUGGCAGUUUGCCUUCUCUUGGAGCCAUGGUGGGAACUGCUAUCACUGGAGUUCUGAUUAAUAAGCUGGGGAGGAGGAAAGGUGGAAUUAUUUUGUCGCUGUUUUCUCUGGUGUCGUGGGUCAUGAUCGAGUUGACUACUUCACCCAACGUGGUGUUGGCAGCCAGGUUCUUCAUAGGUGUAUCUGGAGGGGGAUUCCUGGUCUUCGCACCCAUUUUUAUAUCGGAAGUCGCUGAAGAUUCUAUUAGAGGAACUUUGGCUUCAGUUCCAAUCCUCAGCUAUGGUUCGGGCGCACUGAUCUCUUACACUCUUGGAUGGAAGCUCACUUAUCCAGUGAUCGUCUGGUGUCAACUCCUGGCCAGUAUUAUGAGCACCGGGGUCAUGAUAUUCGUCGUCGAGAGCCCUGUGUAUUGGAUACGACAGAAGAAGGACAACGAAGCUCGUCAGUCCAUAGCAAAGUACCGGGGUCUAUCCGCAUCCUCGAUGGACGUCCACGACGAGGUGUCCAGGCUGAAGCAGCAGAUCCUGCCGGCUGUAGAGCUCAUCUCAAUUACCGCUGAUCCAGAAAGUAAAGAGGCGGAGGCUGAAAAGGAAAAAUUGAAUACCGAAAACGUAACUCCAGAGAAACAACAAAGGGUGUCUACAUUAAAACUGUUAUUUUUAUCUUCCACGUCUCUUCGUGCUUUCCUGGUUGUCAUAACAGUUAUGUCAACACAAGUGUUCAUGGGCAUGGUGCCAGUCCAGGUGUACGCCAAAACCGUGUUCACGCAGACCGAUCCAGCGCGGUCUGACUUCUACACAGUUCUGUUUGCCCUGACCCUGGUCGUCGGGGCUCUGGUCACUGCUCUGGUCGCUGACAAGGCUGGUAGGAGAGUGCUGUUAAUAACAUCCUCGAUCCUGGUCGGCUCGUGUCUGGUGACCCUGGGCUACCUGCUGCAGUCGAAGACAGCGCCCUCCUGGAUCAUAGUAUUCAUGAUCUUGUUCUAUUGCUUCGCGUUUAAUUUUGGCGCCGGUGCAGUACCAUACGUCCUGCUUGCUGAAGUGUUCAUACCUGAGGUACAAAACCUCGCAUCAAUGAUCAUCAUUGAAUGGGUGUGGUUUCUCAACUUCUUCAUCCUGGGGCUCUUCCCGUUCCUCAACGGGAUCAUUGGGAUUCACGGCGUCUUCUACACGUUUGCUGUGGUCGCUUUCUGUAAUGCUAUCAUCGGCUACUUCAUAGUGCCCGAGACCAAGGGCCUCUCUAACCAGCAAAUACAGGACUUGUUUCUUCGGAAAAAUUAGGAUUACAUGUUAUUUAUUGAAAA